AUGAAGACGAUGGGUGAGAUUCUGAGUGCCUACUGCUCGGAUGAUUUCGAUAUGCAGCUGAUAGGGAAGUUCUUGAGUUUUGCUUCAAGAGGUGACAGAGUUGGACUGAACCAGAUGUUGAUCAAAGGCAUAUCUCCUGAUGUGCAAGACUAUGACAACAGGACUGCUCUGCAUCUCGCCGCAAGCGAGGGUCACACUCCCAUUGUCGAGCUUCUUUUGUGCUACAAGGCCAAUGUUAAUCUCAAAGAUCGAUGGAAACGGACUCCCCUGACAGACGCGAGACUCUAUGGACAUCGAGAUAUAUGCAGGAUUCUUGAAGUAAAUGGAGGCAAUGACCUUACCAAUGAUCAAUUCACGGUUCGACACGAGCAAGAAGAUUCGAAUGAUGUGAAGUUUGACAUGUCAGAAUUAAAAACAGAGCAUUCAUCAACCAUUCAGCAGGGCUCAUUCAGUGAAUCCGAAAAGGUCAAGUGGCGUGGAACCUGGGUUGUCAAAACUGUUAUAAAGAGACACAUAUGCAAUCCUGUAAAAAUGAUUCUCUCUGCUAAGGACAACACUCGCCUCCGGGAACUUAGACAUCCCAAUAUUUUGCAAUUUCUCGGUUCAAUUGUGCAGCAAGAAGAGAUGGUUCUGAUUACUGAGUAUCUACCAAAAGGUAACCUGGAAGAUAUUUUGAGGCAGAGAGCUCGACUUGAUGUGCAUACUGCUCUACGCUAUGCACUUGAUAUUGCUAGUACUUGCUCUUCAGAAUGCUCGUCUUGUAGCGUACAUGCUGAGUAUAAGUUUCCAGAAUUGGGAAUGAACUAUCUUCAUGAGCACAAGCCCUGCCCUAUAGUUCACAACCAUUUGGAUACCAGGUAG